CCGCCACCACCUCCUGCUCCCGCUACAGGCGACCUCCCCCAUCGUCCACCAUGCCGAAGCAGAUCCACGAGAUCAAGGACUUCCUGCUGACGGCGCGGCGCAAGGACGCGCGGUCGGUGCGGAUCAAGAGGACCAAGGACGCCGUCAAGUUCAAGGUGCGCUGCUCCAGGUACCUCUACACCCUCUGCGUCUUCGACGCCGACAAGGCCAACAAGCUCAAGCAGUCCCUCCCACCAGGUUUGAGCGUCCAGGAGGUUUAAGCAUCAAGCCAGACAAUGCUCCUUUCCUAGUAGCCGGACAUGUUCGACCCAUCUUGUUCUAGUAUCUGUGAUCACUCAUCAGGGACCUUGUUACCUCAUUAACUGAGUUUUGAUAUUCCAGACUGAAAUGUAAUGCUGGGAGUUCUGUGGUUGGAUCUGUGAUGAUUUUGUGUCAUUUGGUAUAUGAUUUCUGUGCUUGUGAUGGUGUA